AUGCCCGCCGGAUUCAAGCAACCUCAAUCAUCCGAACGCUGCACUGGUCCCGCCAAAAAGCGUGUAAGGGUGUCUCCGUUGGCAGAGUUCGAGGAAUUCUCGCUAGAAAACGUUGUGGCCAACACGAAGACCGGUGCUGUUGCUGCUCACCUACCGAAGACCGUUCUAUUGAAGCUGUUUGAACAAGACGCGACGGUCCAGUAUCUCACCUCCGACCACAAAAGCUGGGUCUAUAUUGUGCCACGAUGGUACUGGCAUAUCUUCGAGCACGCCAAGCCUGAGGAGCUUCGUUCAGCAGCUGUAACGGAGUCGCCUGUGACCUGGUCUGCCAUGUUCCAGCAGGCAUGGGAAGCACACCCAAGGGAUCAUGACACUAUCGUGAUGUUUGGCAGACGAACGAAGCUUCCGCGAUUCCAGCAGCUAUGCGGCGAAAUAGGAAGUUACCGAUACUCUGGCAGGACAUUUGAAGCCCAAAAGACGUAUCCGCGGGGAUUGAGACACGCUAUCCAGCACAUGCAGGGCAUUGUAAGGGACCCUGCCACGCGGCAGACAAGACUCACUGGAGGUCUCGUGAACUGGUACGAGAAUGGAAACCACUACAUUGGGCUACAUGCCGACGACGAACGUGACAUGAUGGCAUGCUCUCCUAUUGUUUCAUUGUCACUAGGAGCUACUAGGCGCUUUGUGUUUACAAAGAGGACCUCAAAGAAUGCUCUAAACGAUGACGUGGCUGUAGCGCGAAUGGAGUUGCAGGUUGGAGAUGGCGAUGUGAUGAUCAUGGGUGGCGCGACGCAAAGAACCCACAAGCACGCGGUUCCAAAGAUGACUCAAUGUCGUGAGCCAAGAAUCAGUGUCACCUUGCGCUGCUUCCAGUAG